CAUUACUUCUUCUCCGGUCUUUGAUUCCGGUGAUUACGUUUCUGUGUUUGCCUCCCUGAUCCUUUGGAUUAUGAUUAUCGAAAUCCAUUGCUAUUUGAGUCUUGAAUCAUUUCUUUAACGGAUCGGUUUGAUUGGAGAAAUUUUCUUGCGUUCUCAUCUGUGCUUGGUUAUGUGAUUCUCCGAGGGGGUUUUCUUUCUUUUUGUAUGAAACUUUGCUUAAUGAUGUACAUUUGAAGUCUUACAACAAUGUCUCAUGAUUCUUGUCCUUUGGUCAAAAACAUUCUUCUUCUAGACUCUGAAGGAAAGCGUGUGGCUGUCAAGUAUUACUCGGAUGACUGGCAAACUAAUGCCGCCAAGUUAAGUUUUGAGAAAUAUGUUUUCUCAAAGACCUCUAAGACCAAUGCUCGCACAGAAGCUGAGAUCACACUGUUGGACAACAAUAUUAUUGUCUAUAAGUUUGCCCAGGACCUUCACUUCUUUGUUACUGGAGGUGAAAAUGAAAACGAGCUCAUCUUAGCUUCUGUCCUUCAAGGCUUUUUUGAUGCUGUGGCACUUCUUCUGAGGAACAAUGUGGAAAAGAUGGAAGCCCUCGAGAACUUGGAUCUCAUCUUUCUAUGCCUUGAUGAAAUGGUCGAUCAGGGGGUGGUUCUUGAAACGGAUCCAAACGUCAUUGCGGGGAAAGUAGCAAUGCAGAGUACAGAAGCUAGUGGUUCACUCUCUGAACAGACACUAACUCAAGCGCUAGCAACAGCUCGGGAGCAUCUGGCGAGAAGUCUGCUUACAUGAGUUUAAUCAUGGCCACACAUAAUUGAAGAAUGGACUUCAAUCAUUCUUCAAUUUCUUUGAUGAGCAACUUUUAUGACUAGAGUCUGACUGUGAGUCUUCCGGUUUGAAAGUCUCUAAUAAUUAAAUUCUGCAUGC